AUGCUGCAGUCACGUGAUCUGAGUUUGCAGGCUGAAUCCUCAGACUGGACUCCAGACAAAGAGCCAGUUACUGAGGCUGCUCCAAACUCUAUCAUGCCCUUCUCCUGGCCUCGUAACGAUCUAGAUCAGCUACUAUCAAUAUGUAUUCCUGACGUGGUAGACUGUGAGUGGUCGGGUGGAUUCUGUAUAAACAACCCACAAAGCAGUGUUGUAUCUAUGAGAGGGACCGGAGGGAGGAAGAUAUUCCUCCAGUGCACUGUGGUGUUGCAGCGGAGCUCUUAUCAUGUCGUAUUCUCCGACUUCAAUGAUCUCCCUACCCCUUACCGAAUAGAAAACCACAGUCUGGUAAGCGUGGAGUACAGACAAUCAGAGAGUCGGUCAGACAUGUCCACAUUACAACCUGGUAGCUGGUGCCCUUAUCACUGGGAUGAGCCCGUCUUGAAACCCCACGAACUAGAUCUAAAGGUGACGGGAGGUGAGCCUAUGAAGGUGAUGAUAACACCCACCCCCUACACCCACCUCUCUGCACUAGUCUACGAGAACGCAGUUUACCUGACACUCUCCGACACCUGGAAGGGAGGUGCCCCAGCUAUGAGGGACAUCCCCCUCAACCAGCUCUCCAGUUCCGGAUUUAGAGCUAUCAGGGUGGACGAGAAACUAGCCAGCUCCAGCAGCAGACUCGUGCUGGACGUUCCACAGGGGGUUCAGGUGCUUGUUAAGCAGUACAACCCGCACUCACUUAGUCAGCUGUGGCAGGUUAAGGAGUCAGGUCAGCUCAUGCACUUCAAGACCAAGUUAUUCCUGGACAUACCAGGCAGAGCUCCCAACCCUGGCACAUACGCCAGCCUGAUCGUGAAGCCUCCUGACGAGAACAGGCACCAAACACAGUGCUGGAGGUUCCGGGAUAACGGCUAUCUAACCUGCAAGCUGCCAGGGCUAGCUGUUUCACCUCGCAACGGUCUACUACAUGACGGAUCUGAUGCUGUACUAGACAUGGUCAGCAAGAACCCUCCUCACAUCUACUUCCACAAGCGCCGACCAGGUUGUGGAGCCGUGCUGAUGACCACCUCUCUAGACGGUCCCACGGUGGUUAUCAAGCUACUGGACAUAUUUUCCAGAAAAACAUAUAAUAAAUAA